CAAGUGAUGAGGAACUUGGUAGACCUAUCUUUACUUCAUCACCAAUAAUACUACAUCAAGUACCCAUUGUAGCAGGUGACCAGAAAAGAGCAGAGAUGUUUGUUGAAAGCCUAUAUGAGUCAGUAGUCACAUGCUGUCCUAUGGCAAUGGGUGGCCACAUUUUGGCUGCACAGGCAGUAGAAGUGGGAACAGUGGAAGAGGAGGUGGAUCAACUGGUAGGUGCAGAAGCGAACCCAAGAUGUGGACCAGCCUAUGAUUUACAGCUUCUAAGAAAACUAACGGUAGCACACGAUGUGCCCUCAGUGCUACCAUUCCUGUGCAUAAAUGCACAAGAAAUGAGAAAGCAGUGCCACCAGGGCUGUAUUCCUUUGGUGCUCAUCCGCUACAAAGCUUCCAAAAAGGCCAUGGAUACCUUAAGGUACACCUCCUAUAAAUCUCUGCAAUAUAACUUCAUAAUAAUCAGUGCAAAGAAUUAUCCAGUGGUCAUGCUUUGCAUUUCAUUUCAUUAGGGAUAAGUGAUUCUAGUUAAAAAUAUUUCAAUAAUAGCUGAUAAGUGCAAGUCAUAUAGUAGUAUUGUAUCCAUCACCUCAUUGAAUAUAGUACACACUACCAGUUCAUUUCAGAGCUUUGUUGGAUAUAUCAGGUGUGUUGGGAACCUGCUAUUUGUGUGCCUCCCUUUAAGGCAGCAAUUUUGAUAACAGUGCUUGUGGGAAACAUUAACAAUCUCUACAAUCAAGUGAAGAUGUGGAGAUCAGGGUGAUGCACCCCACGUUAACUUCCAACAGGAUGAUAGUUGGAAGUUUGAUAGCAGGAAAUGAAAGUAGCCUUACAAGAGAGUUGGUAGAAGCAAUACACUAAGGCAAGGAGGCUUCAAAUGCUCUAAAGGCUCACAGAUU